AUGGCCUCCGACAACAAAGCAGGGAGUUGCUGCUGCCGGUGCAAACCCUGGGUUUUCUUCAUUCUGUCUGCGGUUGCCGUUGUGAUAUCUAUUGUCUGUUUUGUCAUAGCCAUAGUUGCUAUGGUACCGUUUUAUAAUGCCUUUAUUGAUGGCAUUAACUAUGGACGGUUCAUCGAUAACACCUACCAGACCACUGACUGUGAAAACAUGGUUGCUGGUGAUGCUACCUGUGGUGGGAAGGCUUAUGAUGCCUGGCUCAUGAGCUCUGAUGAACUGUACAACACAUGUAUGAGUGAUCAGGAACCGUCAUCAAGUGCUGUUGCGCUCAGUUCGGCGUGGUGUGAUGCCAGCUCCGAUGACUGCUCCAAGGACAUGUGCCAGAAGGGUAUGCAGUAUGAUUACUAUGCAUACAACUUGACUAAUCCUGAGGAGGUUUUGAAGGGUGCAAAGCCUAUUGUGCAAGAGCUUACUCCUGUGCACACGGCCAUGAGCAUCACUAAGAACGAGUCCUCAGUUGAUACUGAUCUGUGGAAUAAGGAGGGUAUCGCCCAUUGGCAGGAGAAGGACGAGUAUGUCUUCUUCAAGGACGAUGAGACUGACCUUAUGAACCGGAAGGUUACUGUUGGUAACUUCGCACUUUUGAGUAAUCUUGAAGUUGCUGAUAUGUUCUUGAACCCUAUUGAGAUGAUCGAAACUGUUGGUGGUAUCAUGGCUUACCAUGUUAUGUCCAACAACUUCGUCGACGGGUAUGGUAACUUGAGUGCUACGACAAGGGCGGCUAUUGAGAAGGAAUACAAGACACCCGUCAGUGCUAUCAGGGAUCAGUAUUUCGAAGGUGGUCUUGCUAAGGCUCUUGGUGCUGCAAAUGACGACUCUGGUGAAUUGUCAUUGGAACCUUUCGCUGAUUUGUUCGGGAAGAAGUCAGACAUGGUAUUGCCUACUAGUAUGGGCAGCGACUAUUUCGGCUUUGCCUUUGGUUGCCCUGCUAAGCAAGAUCGGUCAACUGGUAGUUGCCAUCUCGACUCUAACAAUGCGGAGGACAAGUCUUUGGCGGAGAAUAUUGACUCUACUUUUUCCGCUAGCGCCAAGAAAGCUUUGUGGAACCUUAUCUACGGUACCAAGAUUUCGGACACUAAGUCUGUGCUUACUGCUCUAUUGCAACUGAAGAUGAUGGUCAAGCCGAAUGAGCUUAAGUCCUUCCUUACGCAAAUGCGAUAUGCUGGUUCGUACGCUCUCUACAUUUGCCUUGGUUGA